AUGUGGAGUUGGUCUCAAGAACAUGCACUUGGAAGUUCUUCUCUCACCACAUGGAAUCUACAAGGAGCUCACUUGCGAGUUUUGGCUUCAAUGAGGUACCACAUGUACGAUGAGGAAGAUAGAGCUGAUUUGGACCAAGGAUUGGGAUGGAUCACGUUCUUGGCUAAGGGAGAGAAGAGAAUGGUGACCUUUAGGCAGCUGGAGAUCUUGUUUGGGUCCAAGGCUGCUCAGAUCAGGAGCCCAGUGUUGAGAUAUGUGCACAAGGCACUUGCCAACACCUUCUUUGCAAGGAAGGCACCGGGACAAUCAACGAGGGGGAACUCAAGUUUCUUGACAUGGGAAUCAAGCCCAUCUCUCACGCACAAGCGAUGGCAAGAGGAUCAGGGAGAUAGACACACAGGGAACUUGAUGCCUUCCUUGAGCAGCUCCACCUACAAGAUCACAGCCUACAACACUCUAUCAACAAGAGGAAGAAAGCUAAGUGUUGGAGGGCUCAUCACACCUAUCUUGUGUGCUGCUGGAGUGAACCCAACUGAUAGAGAGCCACUGAACCAGGUUGGAUGGACAUCAAGUUUUGCAAGACCAACCUUCUCAUUGAGCACAAGGAGUUGGAUGGGAGGUUCCAAUUCAAGUUCACACAUCCAUUGGCUGGACCCUCCAAGCUUCUCCUGCCCUAACCCAGAGCUCACCACAGUAGUAAGGGGUGAGAACAUUGACUUCAGACCCCCUGUGUACACAUUAGUUGGGCAUGAGGAAUUUGCGAGAAGAGGAGCCUGA